ACCCGCUGCGUAUUUGGAAUAGUUGUUACUUCCGGGUCUGGAACUUCAAUGAAAGCAUAGUUUUGCCGUAACUGUUGUGCACUGUAUUGGACUUUAUGGCCAGACGUUCGAACUCAUUUGAUUAAUUCCAGACAAAGUCAUAAAUGAGCAGAUAACAGCGCAUUUUAGGCAGUUAUUCUGGGUAACAGCUGUAGACAUGUCGUAUCCUUUACUUACUGUCACAGGAAUAUAACGGGUCUCCAAGUUGGAAAAGAUUCUUUUAAUCUUCAAUAGAAGAUACGUUACUAACUGAAGGGGAUAUUCUGCAUCAACAGUUGUGUUGCUGACAUCCAUUCUACUGACAAGAGGAGGUAUGUCAGAACAACAUGAUGAUUCCACAGAUGUUAAAGAACUCUCAACUAAUGCAGCUCAUCCAGCUGCAGAGGACCUUGACUCUGACCAAGAGGAAAACAGCAUGAGUCAAGAGUUCCCAAGGCAUGCAGCUGCUGAAAUUACAGUGACUGGUAAUGGUGAGUUGGAAGACUCAUCGGAGCACAUAUUCAACAGGGACAUGAAACAUUCCAUACCACCUGGUUUGAACAUGUCUGAAACCCACAUGACUUCCAGCAACUAUGGAAGUUCGUCAGAGGGUAUCAUUGAAGCAGGACCAUAUCAAGAUUCUUCUGUUCAUUUCCAGUCACCAGUUAUAUCUCCAAGCAGUGCAGCAGCCAGCAGAUUGGCCAACCAAAGCAGUGAUUUAAGUACUGCUUCAGUUGACUUUAAAGAAGAAAGUCAAAGUGGACCAGUUGUUCUUGCAGAGGAAGCAAAGAAUCCAGCAAUUGAAAAAUUGGAACUCGUUAGAAAAUGGAGUGUAAAUACAUACAAAUGCACACGACAGAUCUUGUCUGAGAAGCUAGGUCGUGGUUCUAGGACGGUGGAUUUGGAGCUAGAAGCACAGAUAGAAGUGCUAAGAGAUAAUAAGAGAAAGUAUGAAAAUGUACUACGACUGGCUCAGACAUUAGCAACACAGCUGCACCAGAUGGUACUUACACAAAGGCAGCUAGGAGAUGCUUUUACAGACCUCAGCAUGAAAUCACCAGAGCUCCAUGAAGAGUUUGGGUAUAAUGCAGAAACUCAGAAAUUGCUGGCCAAAAAUGGAGAGACACUCCUCGGGGCAAUAAACUUUUUUAUUUCUAGUGUAAAUACAUUGGUUAAUAAAACUAUUGAAGAUACAUUGGUUACUGUCAAACAGUAUGAAAAUGCAAGAAUAGAAUAUGAUGCAUACCGUACAGAUCUGGAGGAACUUAAUCUGGGUCCAAGAGAUGCAAAUACCCUACCAAAGAUUGAACAGUCACAGCAACUGUUCCAAAUGCACAAGGAGAAGUAUGACAAAAUGCGAAGCAAUGUGUCUGUCAAACUCAAAUUUCUGGAAGAAAACAAGGUCAAGGUGCUACACAAUCAGCUUGUUCUUUUCCAUAAUGCUGUUGCUGCAUACUAUGCUGGGAAUCAACAACAGCUUGAACAGACACUCAAACAGUUCCACAUCAAAUUGAAAAUUCCUGGAUCAGAUGGCAUGUCUUUUCUUGAACAGCAAUAACAACUACAGAUAUAGAGCAAUUUUUUUCUUAGCAAUGACCAGAACACUCGAGAAGGUUGGUGGAAGAAGGGGCUUGGGGGGCUUGGGAGGACUGUCAUAGGCAUUCUUAAAAACAUGUAACUUUCCUUUUUCUUUUGUAAACUUUAACAUUCACCUUAGUAAUUACAGGGGUUCUUUUAUCUAACCAAACAUAUGUAUAACAAUAGCAAAAUGUUCUCAUUUUGUAUAUAAAGUUACUGAUUCUAGUUUAUAAACCUCUAAUGUAGUUUUGCACUAAAGAGAAUGUUUUUCUUCCUGUGAUUUAUUCUGGUCACUGAGGUGGCUGACUGUAAUGUUUCCAAAGCUGGUUUACACAGUUUGUACCAACAUCUGAUAUUUUAUAUAUAAAAUGUCUUUAAAAUGUUUCAUGUGAUUGUUUUAAAAAUGAGGGGUAUCUUUUGUAAAGAUCAGUUAUUAAGAUCAUUGUAUAGUAUUCAUGCAGAAGCAGUGGAUGCUAUCUGUCAAGAUUUGCACUCCAUCUUGCAGCAAAUACUUUUAGGUGGUUCUAUUAACCACGUCAUUUUGUGGAAGAAUGUUUUUAGGAGUGACAGCCUUCUGUCAAAUAACUCUAAGGAGCUGGCUUCCAUUACUUGGUAACAUGCACAGAUGUCUUUAAUUGCACAAUACUGAUUUCACAUUUCAAACCACAGUAUUCAACUCUGAAUUUGGACCAUUAUGUAUUUGUUAUAAGUAACUACGACUGCAUGAUCUGCAUAGAAGAAAUACCAGCCUUAACCCACUUGCUGUGUGCCUUUUAUAGUGUAUAUAUUUGUACAUUCUCUCUAUUAAAGCUGCCAGGCACCAAGUGUGCACAGAAAUUCCAUGGCAGCAUCAUUUCUCUCUGUUCUUAGGGACGUGCUUCUUUUGAACUUUUCAGAAUCUGACAUGCAGACAUAAUGGCAAAAUGCACAUUCUGGUUAACUGAACUGAGGCAUUAUAAGAUUGUCUUUCAUGUUACUACUUGUAGCUGAAAUAAAACAGUUUUGCAAAGAGCCUCGAAUUUGUAGCAAAUGUAAAAUUACGUUUGUGUUUUACCACAUGCCAAAAAACAGAAUUACUGAGUUAAGAUAUUUCCUGUUAAGUUUGUGUGUUUACAUCUGUUUGGUAUUCUAGUCCAGUUGUAUUUUAUCUGAAGUGAAAUGAAGUAAUUACACAGUAUAUAAUGAGUAAAGAUGUGUAUAGGGUUUAUAUGAUUUAUGUGAUAUGUUUGUAUUACUUGUUCUGUCGAUUACUUUGUUAAUAUGCCGAACCUAAAGUAAGAAUAUGUAACAAAAUACAUAUAUCUGAGUUGCAUUGUUUGGGUUUUAUUUACCAUUCUGUAUUCUGUUUUGACAGAUUUAAGUGUUCUUUUUACCAGUUGUGAAAGAGUCACUACUGUAUUACAACCAAACAGAAUUAAAAAUGUUCCCAGAUUAUGACUCCAGUAUGACUGCGUGGUCACGAUUAAAGGUGUUUGCUGCAAAACUA